AUGGCUGCAUCAGUAGAAAAUGCUACAUUAUCACCAUUAUUAGAUACAAUUGAUAUUCUUAAUCAAACGAAUGAAACCAAUACAACACAAAAAGAGGUUUUCGUUGCACGUACUGAUGGAAUGUUAUUAUCAUAUUCAUUUCUUCUUCUUGCUGCACUUUUAUGUGUUUAUUUUGGUUCAUAUCGGUCAAUAACACGUAAAGAUAAACAAAAAACAUCAGGUGAAAAACCUGAUGUACUAACAGCGAAAGAUGCGGCUAUGUUUCCAUUUAUUGCAAGUGGAUUUUUAUUUGGUAUUUAUUUAGUUAUAUUACUUGUUUCAAAAGAAUAUAUAACAUUUGUUCUUAAUAUUUACUUUUUUCUUAUUGGUAUUGUUGCACUUUUUCGAGCAAUACAUCCAAUUUUAAUUAAAAUUCGUUUGCCUAUAUUGGAUAAACUUCGUGAAAGACAAUUUCAUAUAACAUUAACAGAAAAUAAACCACCAAAUACAACAACAGAAACAACAAAUACAAAAAUAGAGACAACAAAUACAACAACAGAAAAAGAUUUAAUGCAUAUAGAUUUUAAAUUUGAUCUUGUUGAUGUUGGAGCUUUAUUUUUUUGUGUUUUAAUUGGUGUUUGGUAUUUUCUUAAACGACAUUGGAUUGCAAACAAUAUAUUUGGUAUUGCUUUUUCAAUUAAUGCUAUUGAAAUUCUUCAUUUUAAUAAGGUUUUAAAUGGAGUUGUUUUGCUUAGUGGUCUGUUUGUUUAUGAUAUCUUUUGGGUUUUUGGAACAAAUGUAAUGAUAACGGUAGCCAAAUCAUUUGACGCACCAAUUAAAUUACUUUUUCCACAAGACUUAAUUGAGAAUGGAUUAUUAGCUGCAAAUAAAUUUGCCAUGCUUGGAUUAGGUGAUAUUGUCGUUCCCGGUGCGUUUAUUGCUUUAUUACUUCGUUAUGAUAUGUCUCGUAAACAAGCUGGUAAAAAAGCAUCAACACUUUAUUUUACUGUUUCAUUUAUUGCAUAUAUAAUUGCUUUGAUUAUUACAAUACUUAUUCUUCAAAUAUUUAAACAUGCUCAACCAGCCUUACUUUAUAUCGUACCAUUAUGUUUAAUAUUUCCACUUAUAACAGCAUUGAUUAUGGGUACAUAUCUUAGUACUCGUAAUGUAUUUCAAUAUACACAAUCAUUGGUGACAUUUAUUUGUGGUAGUAUAUGUUUAUUUUUACUUGCAAUUCUAACAUAUAUAACAUUACGAAAACAUUUAUUACCAAUAUCACAUCUUGUUAUACCAAUGCCUCUUGGUUUUCCAUCAUCGUUUAAUCCAAAAGAUGAUUCUAUUUUUCUUAAAUCAUCAACAAAUUUUCCAUCAUAUCUUGUUAGUUAUAUUAAUUUAAGCGAUGCAAUGUAUGAUAGAUAUCCACUUGAUAUAUCAUCUCAUUCGUAUCGUGUUGAAGUUAAUUGUUAUGCACCACGUUCAUAUAGAAAUCGUCAACUUGGAUCAUUUUUUAUUCAAUUAAUAUUAAAUUCAACAUCAAAACAAAUAAUUAUUGAACAUUCACGUUUAAUUUUAUAUCCAUAUGAAUCAGAUAUGAUUCGUUUAAUACGAACAAUUAUUUUUUUACCACUAUCUAUAUUUCAUAUUGAUUAUGAUCGAUGGCAUUUAAAACAAAUUUUAAUUGAACGUUUAAAUAAUCAUGAAAAGUCAAAACGUUUUAUUGAAAUAAUUCAAUUAAAUAUUAUUCCAUCAACAUUUCAACUUGAUCAAUGUUCAAUACAUUUUAAUAUACGUGAUUUAACCGGUCUUGUUUAUUUCUUUAUAAAUUAUCCUAUAUUAACUGGAUGUUUUUCUAUAUGUGUUCUAUUUUCUAUAGAAAUAAAUGUUAAAAUGCAUGAACAUAAAUGUAAAGGUUGUUUAAUUGAUUCAACACAUGGAAAAUUACAAAAGAAAAAAGAUGCUUUACUUGAAUUUAUAUUUGUUGAAAAUUCAUUAUGUUUAACAGUUAGUGCACAAAAUGUGAAUAUAAUUACAUAUUCAUUAAGUAAAGAUACAAUAUCAAACGUUAUAUAUCAUAAUGAUUUACUUGUUAUUAAUUUAAAAGCUAAAAAUCAAAUAAAAAUAUCAGCAAUAGGAAAAAAUAAAUUAAUUGAAUUAAAAAAUAUUCUUGAUGAUUUAUUACAUGAGGAUUUGAAUGAAUAUCAAAUACAUAUGGAAAAUUUUUGUAAUAAUUCAUUUAAUUCAAAUAAUAUAUCACGAAAUGGAUCAUCUAAAAUAAAUCAUAGUACAAAUUCAAUUCAUAAUGAUUCAAGUUUAUUAUCAGAUAUAACAAGUAAAAAACAACCAAAAAUGGAUAAAAUGAAACAUAUGAACCAAUUUUUGGAGAAUGAUGAAAAUUCACAACCGACUAUGUCAACUACAUCGAAAAUAAAUGACAAGAAAAAGAAUGCACUUUUGAGUGCUUCGAAUUUUUAUCCUCAUUCAAAAUAUGAUCAUCAUCAUAAUUCAAUUGAUGAAAAUACUGAUCAUACAACUCAACUUCAACAACAAUCACGAAAACGAACAAAUGAAAAUCAAUUUUCAAUAUCAUCAAUUCGUUUUCAGCAUGCAACAAAUACAACAUCACCUUAUUUCUAUCAUAAAACAGAUAAUAAAUUAAAACGAAAUAUAUCCAAUGGUGAAUCACGAAUUAGUUCAUUAUCAAAUAUUUAUUCUAAACCACUUCAUAAUAAUACACGUUUUCGGAAUGAUGAUGAUGAUCAGGAUGAAGAAUAUUUAUAUGAUUGGCGUGAUUCACCAUAUCCAACAAAAAAACUUGAUAAUCAAUCAUCAGCUGAUAUAUCAUUAUCCACAGCAGUAACAACAACCAUGAAUUUACGAAAAAAAGGUUUAAAAAAUAUUGGUGCAACUUGCUAUAUGAAUGCUAUACUUCAGUGUUUAUUAAAUAUUGAUCCAUUUCGUUAUGAUUUAAUGGUUACAAAUUCUGAACUAAUAACAUCAUCAUUACUUGAAGAAAAUACAAUAUAUCUGUAA